AUGUCUGGCACUUCGCCGUCUCUCCGUAAGAGAGGCGGAAAGAAGGAGACCGACUACGCUUCGGACGAUGCUUCUUCGCCAUUACUUGCUGGUCAAGGGGGCUCUGACACUCCUAAGCGUCAGUCGGAAUGGAGUUAUAGGCUGGCCAUGGCCAUUCUGACUGUGCUGGCGUUCGUCACCCGAUUCUGGAGAAUCUCCUACCCCGAUGAAGUUAUUUUCGAUGAGGUGCACUUCGGAAAGUUCGCCUCGUACUAUCUCCAACGCACCUACUUCUUCGAUGUCCACCCUCCGUUUGGUAAACUUCUCUUCGCCUUAAUGGGAUGGAUGAUUGGAUAUGACGGCCACUUUUUGUUCGAGAACAUUGGUGAAUCGUACAUCGAAAAUAAGGUCCCCUAUGUCGCUCUCCGUGCCAUGCCCGCGACCCUCGGUGCCCUUACCGUGCCUGUGGUUUUCCAGAUCAUGUGGGAGUCGGGAUACUCGCUGCCUGCUUGCGUGUUGUCGGCCGGACUUGUUCUGUUUGACAAUGCCCACAUUGGAGAGGACCGUUUGAUUCUCAUGGACUCGACCCUGGUGAUCGCCAUGGCCUUGAGCAUCUUGUGCUAUAUUCGCUUCUACAAGCUGCGUCAUGAUCCAUUUACUCGGAAGUGGUGGAAGUGGCUCCUGUUGACUGGUGUGUCGCUGAGCUGUGUCAUCUCGACCAAGUACGUUGGUGUGUUCACCUUCAUCACCAUUGGUGGCGCGGUCGUUAUCGACUUGUGGAACUUGCUGGACAUUAAACGUCCACGGGGAGCGCUCAGCAUGUUCCAAUGGAGCAAGCACUUUGGGGCGCGUCUCUUUAGUUUGAUUAUCCUGCCCCUAUUCUUCUAUCUCUUCUGGUUCCAGGUCCACUUCACGAUUCUUAACCGCUCCGGCCCCGGCGAUGAUUUCAUGACGCCAGAGUUCCAGGAAACGUUGAGUGACAAUGCCAUGGCCGCGCAAUCCGUCGGCAUCCAAUACUUUGACAGCAUCACCAUCAAGCACAAGGACACCAAGACCCUCCUCCACAGCCACUGGGAGAAGUAUCCUCUGCGCUACGACGACGGACGGAUUUCGAGCCAGGGCCAGCAGGUCACCGGAUAUCCUUUCAACGACACGAACAACCAUUGGCAGAUUCUUCCUACUGUGCCUCUAGCCGAUGGCGAGGUUCAUUCGGUGAAGAACGGCGACGUUAUCCAGCUGCGUCAUUUGGGAACGGACUCCAUUCUCCUGACCCACGAUGUAGCAUCGCCAUUCUUCCCAACCAACCAGGAGUUCACUACCGUUACACAAGAAUUGGCCGAUGGCGAGAGACAUAACGACACGCUGUUCGAGAUCAAGAUCGAAAAUGGAAAGGCUCAGCAGGACUUCCGAACCCUGUCGAGCCACUUCAAGUUGAUCCACGUUCCUACCAGGGUGGCGUUGUGGACGCACACGACGCCCUUGCCGGACUGGGGCUUCAAGCAAGCCGAAAUCAACGGAAACAAGAACGUCCUGCAGUCCAGCAACUUGUGGUAUGUAGACAGCAUUGAGUCGUUGCCGCCAGACAGUCCUCGUUUGUCCAAGGAAGAGCGCAAGGUCAAGCAGUUGCCUUUCCUCCGGAAGUAUCUCGAACUGCAGCGGGCCAUGUUUUUACACAACAAUGCCUUGACCAGCAGCCACCCGUACGCUAGUGAGCCCUUCCAGUGGCCAUUCCUCCUCCGCGGUGUCAGCUUCUGGACCAAGGAGAGCACCCGGGAGCAGAUUUAUUUCCUUGGUAACCCUAUCGGAUGGUGGAUUGCUAGCAGCUUGUUGGCUGUUUUUGCUGGUAUCAUUGGUGCGGACCAGCUUUCUCUUCGACGUGGGGUCGAUGCUUUAGAAGAGAUCUGGGGCCCUGGUACCCGCUCCCGCGUGUACAACAGUACUGGUUUCUUCUACCUCUGCUGGGCAGCUCAUUACUUCCCUUUCUGGCUCAUGGGACGUCAGCGUUUCCUGCACCACUACCUCCCCGCCCACCUGGCCUCCGCCCUUGUGGCCGGCGCUCUGGUCGAGUUCAUCUUCAACCUCCAGCCGAUCCCCGUUAAUCAGGCCAUCACCGAGACCACUGACGACCCGUCCGGCAAGUCCCGCACUGCUGCUCCCCGCCGUUUCGUGCAGGCCUCAGAGCGCAUGGGCAAGAAGUCCAUCGUCGCAGGAUGGAUCGCUACUUUGGUUAUUCUUGGUGCCACAAUCUACGGAUUCUGGUUCUUUGCGCCGUUGACCUACGGUACUCCUGGUCUGGAUGUCGCGGGUGUCAAUGCGCGUCGCUGGCUGGGCUAUGAUUUGCACUUUGCUAAGUAA